AUGACUUCCUGGCCUUGGAUGAAAGGAAUUGAGGAGGCUAUUGCCGAUCCAAUUGAUCCUAUUUGCCCCGAAGAUGAACGACCAUCGGUCAAGGAAUUGAUUGUCAAGCACUCGGAGAAGAUUGCCAAAAUCAAGGCUGCAUUGGCAGAUGAUCCUCUCUAUGAUCCCAGCAAGCAUGAUGACUUGUGGAUCCUUCGAUUUUGGUUGUCUCACAAAAAGAGCAAGUCUGCUAUUGAAGCUGCCAAAUACACUCUAGAAUUUCGAAAGAAGCAUAAUCUGGAUGAAUUGGAUAUUCGAGACCUGCCCCCACAACAUGUGAAGGAUGGAAAGUUGGGAGAAUUUAAGACUGCUUGGAAGAGAGACGAUGCGGUGGUCUUUUUUCAACCUGAUCCUAAAAGAGGUGUCGUUGCAUUUCUUACAUUGGACCUCUUGGAUCAACACGCUAUGGUGGAGAAGUUCACAGAAGAUUAUUGGUUGACCUCAUUCUUGUAUCCUGACGAGUAUUCCUUCCAGUGUCUGGACUAUGCGACCAGGACGACAGGCAGGUUGACAAAAACCGUCCGAUUUGUUGAUUGCCGUGGGCUUACCUUGGGUGGAUUUAGUUCAGAGUGCAGCCGCAGAGAUGGGCGAACCAUGGCAUUAUUGGAAAAUUGUUACCCCCAGAUGCUAGAAACUAUCUUUGCCUGCAAUGCACCCAGUCUCAUUGGAGCCUUCUGGAAGCUCUUCAGUGUUGUGGCUCCCAAACGUGUUGUGGCCAAGUUUGACAUUAUUUAUCCUAAAGAAAACCCAAAAGACCUGAAAAAAGUCUUGAAGCACAUUUCUGAACAAAAUCUGCCAGACUUUUAUGGGGGCAAGAAUCCCGUGAGUCCAGAUAAGUGGGCAUCAGAGGUUACCAGUGACGACACUAGGGCUGAAGUAUACUGGUGGUGGUAA